AUUUUUUGAUAUUUAAUCAAAUAGUUUUUGAUUUUUAAUUUUUAACAAAAACAUUGACUGUAGUGUUCAUAUUCAUGUCGAAUCGAUUUAAUUCAAAGAGUAAUAAUAUAUUAAUAUAGAUUUAAUUAGGUACAUAGUUUCGAUAUUAUAUAUAUAUAUUUUUUUUUUUACUUAUAAUUAAAAAAAAUAAAUUAGCAUGAGUUGCCUCCUUAGUAAAGCGUACAGGUAAAAAUAUUAUGACGUUAAUAAAAUUUUUUGUUAAAACAUUACAUAAACCAUUAGAUUUAGACCAAGCUAAACAUGUUAUGCCCUAUAAGUUAUACACUUAAAUGUUACAUUAAGUUUGUUAACAUCAUUAUUAUUUUGUUAUUUAUAAAUUAUUGUCAAAUAAUAUUAAAUAUAUAUUAUAUUAUAUUAUAUGUUAUUAUUAUUAUUAUUAUUAAAUAUAUUUAAUAAUAAUAAUUUAAAAAAUUGGAUUAAACUGAUAUCAUCUUAUUUAAAUAUAUUUUCAUUUUGUUAGAUACCUACUACCCUAAAUAAGUUCUACAAAAAUGUGGUGAGAUUGACUAUAUUGUAGCGUUUGGAGUGUUGGGUAAUACACAAAAAAAUAGUAGCAGGGAUGAGAAUGCUUAGGUGGAUGAAUAGAUUGACGAGAGAAGAUAUGAUUAAGGAUGAGUAAAUAAGAGGUAGCUUUUGUGUGGCUUUGAUAGUAGACAAAAAGAUAGAAAAUAGACUGAGAUGGUAUGGACAUGUCAUGAGGAGAAAGGAAUCUUAACUAUUAAUAAUUUUAAUGAAAAUAAACAUUAGAGGAAAGAGGUAAUGAGGAAGACUGAAAAAGUAGCAGUUGGAUGCAAUUGUGAAUUUGUGUACAGCCGGUAUUUGCGAGAUAGGAGAUUGGGUCAUUACUUGCACAAACCAGAGUUAAUGUCAGUUUACAGGAGCUUGUAUGAAUCUGGGAAAUUAUUUUGUUGGAACUUGUUACAACUGCAUUUUGAAUAAAAUAUUUCUUUGGAAUAUAAAAUUCAAAUAGUAAAAUUAAUAAAAACUAAUGACUUAUCGUAAAUAAGAAAACUUAAUAUUUUUUAUAUUAUUUACACUAAUUGAAGGGAUUCUCUACUGUCUGUUUUUUUUAAAUCUAAUUAGAUCUAAUUAUAUAAUUAUGUCAAUUGUAUUGGCACAUAGAACUUAAAAUACUAUUAAAACUUCUUACUUUAAAACGACUACCAUUUUUGAAAAUAAAUUCUUAAACAGUUCAUACAAUUUUUUAAAAUUUUAAAAAGUGAAUAAUAUUGAACAAAAAAAGUUUAUUUCCAUUAAACUUCAUGGCUUCUUCAAAUAUUUACGUUUUCAGAAGUUUUUUGUUUAAUAGCUAAAAUAGUCAGUACAAUUGUCAAAAGAUUGAUACUUUUUGACAAAAAUAAUAAACUUUUCAGUAAUACUCAUUUCCUGGGUAUUGGGCAGUAAAUUAGUGAUAGUCUUGUCAUUAAAAUUUAAUAGAAAUUUUUUUUCUAAUUUAAUAAAAUUAGAGACGAUUUGGUAAACUAGCACCAAUUCCUUUGAAAAAAAUACUGUUGGUCACUUUUUUCACUAUUUAAAAAUAAUAGUCACUAGCAGUCCUGAAAUUCGAGUAAACUGGUGUUUUAUAAAUUUUAUUAACCUAUUGUUAUUUUUGAUUUUUAAUUAUUUAGUGUGAAAACAUGUGUUCAGAUAAAAAAACUGACUGUGUCCGCUAACCAUUUUUUUCCUAGAAGAGCAUUCAAUGAGCCUUUUCGACGCCACAAAAGACAGCAAAGUUUUACAAGUUCUCUUUUUAAACCAACCUUAUUUUGCUUAACUGUAAUAUUCAAAUUACUAUUCAAAUUUUAUGUAGAUGUGAUUUGCAAGUAUAUGUAUUCUUCUUCAAGGUUAGUUCUGGUGCUAUAGUUGUAGCAACGAUUGCACAAUAUGAACGGGUCCAGAAAAGUAUUGUACCAAUUAGACUUCAAACAUACUACAGACAAAGACAAAAUAUCAUGAAUCAAAAUAAUGUGAGUUUAUUGCUUUAAGUAACUACAUUAACUAUUAGAACUUAAAGUUGGGGAAGACUUGUCAUUAAAAUUUUGAUUUGUCUCCAAACCCCAAAAUCUAACAAUUUUUAAUUAGACAUUUAUCACUAUAAGUCAUUAAUGACUGAUUAAUUUUAAAACUUUUUACAUUUUAACAGUAAUUUUAAUUUAAUUAAACAAUUAAGUACUAAUUUUCUUAGUAUUUAAAUACAAAUUGACUAACAAUUUUAUAUAAUAUUAAUUAAUUAAUUAUAGUUAGUAAAGUAAAAAUGUUUAGAUAAUAAUUGUAAUUUUUAGGUUUUUCAUUGAGCCACUUAGGUUUAUAUAUUUAAUCAGUGCUGUAACUAGAGGUUGAUGAAACAGGCAUAGUAAAGUUAAGCGCGAAUUUGAGUUUAUUAAAUUAUAUUAAAUUAAAUUUUUUGUUAUUUUCUUUUUAUUAAGUAUCAGAAUUCCUAAUUGUUUUUAUAAAUUAUUUAAGUUUUUAUUAGUGUAUAAAGUGUGUAACAAUUACGUAAUAAAUGUGACUUAAUAAUGUUAAUUGAUAAGUGUUUAAUAAUUUUACAAUUUCUUUGACAAAUAUUUUUGCUUUUUACAAGUUUUAGCUAAAAUUAGUUUUUAAAAAAAAAAUUCAAUUUUUGUUUAAAAAGUUGUCACUAUAUUGUGAUAAUUUUAGGACACAAAAUAGUAUAUUCCUAAGUAUAUUUGAGGGCCUUUAGAUUUAAUACUAUACAUUUUACCUCAAGUCUAAUAUCACGUUUAAUGAGUUAUAAGUGAAAAGGGGGAAAGUCAAAAGUACCCAUUUUGAUAGUUGGAACACUAAUCACAUAAGGUAGGCUUUAGAAUUAUUAGUAUAUGUAUUAGUGAGGUAUAGACUAAUCGUGUACCAAAUUUCAGCUUUCGAAGAAUUAGUUCAUAAUUUUAUAAUUUGACUGGACUAUAUUAUUAUUAGCAAGUAUUAGCAGAAAAUAAUUAUAUUAAAGUACUCUUUGGAACCCACUCUAUACUGUGGUACUAUUUUCACUGUGAAGUUUUAAGUAAGUUAAUAAUAUAGUAUUAUAAAAAAAAAAUAUAAUUUUUAAUAAAUAGGGUUUGGAUUAGAAUGCAAAUAUCUUGAAUGAUAGUAAAAAAAUUAUUAUUGUAUAAAAAUGUGCUUUAUUUAAUGUUUAUGCUAAUGGAUUCUUGGAAAAAAAGCCACAAAAAAAAAGUUAAAAAAUGUUGCCCUCCUCCUCGGACAUUUUUCACAUAAAUUCCUUUUUUAUAGAUGUCUAAUUUACUACUUUUAUUUUUUAUUUUCACACACUAUCUGAUUUUGUUGUUCGCAAGAUUUUUAUGUUUAGCAUAUACAUACCCAUUGAAAACAAGUUUUAAACUGCCUCUAUCAGUUUUAAGAAUUUUAUUCAAUUACUUAUUUGAAAAUAAAGACAACUAAAUUUCAUCUAAAUGUAAUACUGCUUUAAAUAAUUUUGAUACAUGGAUUCACUAAAUGUAUAUUAUAUACUGUAUAGGUGCAUGGAUUUAAGAUUGUAUAAUAAUGUUAUCUUAGAAAUUAUUUUAUUAAUCUAAGCAAUCGAUGGGGGUUUUGAGCACAAUUUUAGAUUUCAAUGAUAUAUUUAUUAUUCAAUAAAUUUUUUAGAUUAUAAUAUUGUACUAAAAUAAUACUAUAAUUAGUACUAUAACAUUGCAAUGGGUUUUUGUAAAAUAUUGUGAUAUAGGUAUUUAUGACACUUAUUAGUAUUUUACUGAGGGAAAUUCCCUUAGAACUUCUAAGGGAAAUUACUUUUAAGUAGGGUGAUCAGAUGUGUGUUAUAAAAAAAAAAAAAGAGGAUAUUUUUACAAAUUAUUGUUUCUUUAAUGAUACUCACAACUCACACUUCACACAACCAGUAUUAUAUAACUGUAAAUAUUGUAUUUCAGGGGUACACUAAAAUUAUUACUAAUAUGCUGUAACAUCCGUGAAUGUUACACCAUUAGUUAUUACACUCAGUUUGCUGAUUAAAACACAGUAGGUAGCAUAUCAGCAUAAAAAGUCUAACUACCUAGGUGUACCUUGCUGACUAGUAACUACUAUAUAAUAUAUCUAUUGGCAGUAUAUCAUCGCGGUUCACUUUAAUUUUGUGAUAAGCUCUUAAAGUACUAUAAACAUGGUUAUAUUAUAUUAUAUAAAACUAAUGAUAAAUACUUUAUAUAAAAAGUUUAUUUGUAUAAAGUUAUAUAAUUAUAAUAAUAUAUAUAUACUUAUAUAAAUUUACUUUAUAUCUUGUGUUUUAAGAUCCUAUGGUUUUCAUGGUCCAUAAAAUAUUCUAUUUGAAUGGUUCUAAUAAUAGUAAAAAGCAAAGUGCUUAUAAAUCCUUAGAUAAAUCUUAUCACAAUAUUGCAUUAUCAUCCAUAAUCAGAAUUUAUUUACUUACCUACCCUAGCCAGGUGAACCUAUAUUAUAGAAAAACAAAAUAAGAGGACAAGUCCUCGUAAAAAAAGGAGGUCUGGUCACCCUAUUUUUAAGUUUCCUUUUUAAGAACCUUUAAAAAAUUAAGAUAUAAACUGUUACAUAAAUUAAUUUUAAUCACGCACAUUUAUGCAAGUGAUAAAUUAUUUAUCUUUUCCAAUUCCUAGUUAUAGUAUCAUUAUUUUAUGUAAAAUGAAAAUAAUUAAUUCAAAUAUAAAUAAUUCUAAUUUAUGUUUUAAGGGUUACAACUAUGUAUUCAUACAGUAUAACCAAAUGUGUUUAAAAUUUAAAAAAAAAAAAAAAAUUAACCUAUUAAGUGAAAAACAUAAAAAUGCCUUGGUAAAACUUGAAAUUAAUAAAAAAAGUACAGCCUUACAUUCAUAAAAAUUCUAUUGUUAAAUCUAUAUAAUUUCAACAACAAUCUGGUUACAGCAAUUAAUAUUCUUAUGAAGCCUAUUUAAUUUUUAAUUAAUUUUUAAAUUGCUUUUUGUCUUUUUUCACAUUUUUAAUGCUUUAUUAUUUGUAUGUCCUUGAAUUUGAACCCUAUUAAUGAAUAGUACCAUUAAUUAUGUACAAUAUAUAUUAUAAUAUAAUGGUAAUACUUAAAGUGUAUAAUAAAAUGCCAUAUUUAGGUAUAAAUAACCCAAUAUUUUGGAGAGACUUAAACUCCCAUGAUUAAUAUUCUAUAAAUCCAACAAGUCUAAUCCUUUUACAGUAACAAAUUUCUGUAUAACCUCUGGUUUGUGAUAUCCUUCCUGCUAUGGCUAAUUUUUCAUCAAUUAAUGGACAUUGGAAUUUUCCUUGACAUUCUAAAAAUUAAUUUGUUAAACUCUGAUCUACAAAUCAGGUAAUCCUACUUAAAUUAACAAUUCCAAGCUAAUAGCAAUACACAGUAUUCACAUCUCUAAAAGUCUCUUCAAAUCACUAAUCCUUAAUACCAUUCAUGCUUUCUUGAAUAAUUGGUUACUCAUUUAUGAACAACACUUAACCUUUGUAAUUGUAAAUUAUAUAUUCCAGUGCAUUCGCAGUUAGUUCAUAAGUUGAUGUAAUAUACACACACUUCAUAAACGCAUUUGUAUCACUAAAUCACCAAGGUCUUGUUGCUAUUCUGUACACCUCAGUAUUCAGUAAAUCCUUGUUAAUGUGGUUAAUUUUGUAUUUAAGCCAUAGGCUACAAUUGGUUAAGCUUUAUGGCUCUAUAUUUGACUCUCCUUUAUAUUCUCUUCGAAUGUGCUAAAAGGAAAUCAUUUAUGGUUUAAAAUGGUGUCUUCUGUACUUUUCAGAUGAUAAAAAGCUAUUUAUGAAGAUUGAUUCCCUUGAUGAUUGUAAAGAUCUUUAGAAUGAUUUAGAUGCAUUUUCGAAUAGGAGGAAUCCUUUGGGUUUUAUACCAGAAGUCGGAAUCUUAUUGUUUUCAAAUACUCUAACAAUGACUUUGAACUCCUCUCUAUAAAAAUUGUUCAGGACAUAAGUUUUGUCUUUGUUCCUUCACUUUCUCCACAUUUUCACAUUGACCAUAUUUUGUGCAAAGCAUUUUAAACUCUAGGUUUUAUUAAAAUAAUAGCUGUUCAAUUUAAACUGACUAAUUCCCUUAAGUCUCUUUAAUGUGCUCUGGAUUGGUCAAUACUUGAGUAUGACUCAGUUAUAUGGACCCACAGGCGACAGUCGUCAAUUCAAAUAGAUUAAAAGAAAAUUCCUAAGCUUUUCAAAUCAUAAAUUAAAAUUCAACUAUACUCCACAUAACUAUAUAUACAUUAUAAUUUUACUUAACUUAGCUUCACUACCCAUAGAGACUGUAUUGAUUAUGUUUACUUAGUAUUUAAUUGAUAAAGAUUUGUUUUAGAGACUUAGCAGUCCCCUUUUGGGGGACUAAUAUCCUCUAUUUUUGCUAAUGAGACAUAGUAUUUAAGAUUUGCUAAAGACUUUGUUCAUUUUGUACAUUAAUAAUAAGCCAUAAGGUACAAAUAAUCAAGAAUUAAAUAUCAAAGAGGAAAUAAUGAUAAUUUAUAAACAAAAAUAAUACUUUGUAGUAAGUUAUAGGAAAUUAUAGUACUUCUUGUAUAAAUAAUAAAUAAUAAUGUAAAACCCCGACUAUGACUCAUCAAGUGGUGACAUCAUAAUGUGAUCCUUUAUAAAAAGAAAGUUGCUAUACAAUACCGCUCAGUCUGUUUUGAACUAAUAAUUAUUAAAUUAUUCUUAAAAUGUGUAAUUGUUUUGAUAAGGUAAAUUAUUUUUAGAUUAGAUAAUUUAAUUAAUUAAUUAUUAUAUUUUUUUCUAGGGUAUUUUCUCAAACUUGAAAAACUUGUGGAACAAAACUCAACCAUCAGAAAAAAUAUUUGGAACAAUCCUUUUUUUAAAUGCUCUUGUAUUUCUUGCGUGGCAAAUACCUAGGUGGCAGGGUACAAUGAUCAAAUAUUUUACAACCGAUGCACUUGCUAGUAAGUUUGUUUAAUUGAAUGCAAGUUUUAAGGAACUGGUUUUAUUUUAAUAUAAAAAAAGACUUAUGUAUUUCGCAUAACGGGUGGAUCACCCGUGUAGAUCAAAAGUGAGGAAGGUAGAAUAUAGAGGAGAAUUUAAUGUAUAUCUGCAAGGAAAGAUUAAUCAUUGCUAAUGAAAAAUGAUUCUAAGCGAAGCUUGGUUAAUAGUAUUUUUUUUUCAACAAUAUAAAUGUCAUAUUCCGACAGCUUGGGUCUCUAGAGUCUAGGUGCACCCAAAAUGUAUUUAAUUUUCCCUGAUAACUACCCAACAUUGUUUUGUUAAAUAAUUUUUUUGCAAACUUUGGUUUGAACUUGUGAUAUCAUGGAUGACAACAGGUAUGUACCAUUACUAUGACAGACAUACUAAGAAAAUGAAAAUAUUGAGUUAUUUAACAUAACACAUAUAUUAUCCGUAUAAUAUCAUAAAUUUAAAAAACUAAUAAUUUAAACUAAGUCAGUCCGCUCAGUUCUAAUCUCACCAUGAUUCUUAAAUCAACAAUAUAUGUAUGUUAAAAACAAAACAAAAUUGAAAAAUUUCCAUUGACCAAUAACUAGAUUUGUUGCACAUAAUUUUUUACUCAAAUGAUUUCUGUCAAAUAAAUUAAAUAAAUUGUGUAUUUAUAUAAAAAUCCUUUAAAUAUGCAAAACUAAUUAUUAUUGAACAUUUAUUUUUAGAAAGAAUUCCAGUGUCAUCACUUCUUCUUAGUGCAUUCAGUCACAGUUCUCUAGUACAUUUAUCAUUUAAUAUGUUUGCUCUUCAUUCAUUUUGUAGGGGUAAGCAAAUAUAUAUUUAAUUUCAAUACACAGACUGUGAUUCCUAUUACAUAAUAUAUAUAUAUAUAUAUAUAUAAUAUUUAUUGAAUUAAAAAUGUAUAUUUUUAUAAUAUUCAGGCGUGAUCCAAUGGGGUGAUAUGGCUCCUGAAGAAUUCACUGCAAUGUAUAUAAGUUCCUGUGUUGUAUCAUCAUUAGCUAGUAUAGUAUUUAGACGACGCAUUAAAAGUCCCGGAAUAAGUUUAGGUGCUGUAAGUAUAAUCUAAUAAUGAAAUGUAUACUAUGUAAUAAUACCAAUCAUGUAUUUGAUUUUACACAAAAUGUGUUUGUUAUAUUAAUUAUUAAAAUAUUCAAUCUUCACACACAAUUUGUUUUCUUCGUACAACAAAAUAAAUUGUUCGGUGACAAUACGUAUCUAUAAAUUAAUAUUUAUAGUUACUUGUUUUUGUUUAUUCAGUUUAUUCACUCCUAUGUUUAAAAUGUUUUCUAUGUAUUUCUUGUUUUGAUUUUAUAUUCAGUCAAGUUUAAUUUAUUUUUUUUUACUUUUGUUAUACCAUUACCUGUUAAUAUUUUAUUGUUUAUUUAUUUAUUUUUAUUUUUAGUCUGGUGCUAUACUAUCAGUUGUUGCAUAUUUUUCAAUAUCACAUCCUAAAGAACAUUGUAGUAUAAUAUUUUUACCGACUUUGCAAUUUGAAGCGAUUUACGUAAGUUUUAAAAUAUUUAAAGUAUUUUAUUUUUGCAUUAACUUAUCACAAUUUAAAAUAUUAUAUUGUUAUUUUCAUAGAAAUAUGUAUGACAAAAAUAAUCAAAGAAUUUGGUCCAGUUUUUAAAUAUUUAUUACCAAGUUAAAUAAUAAAUUGUUUUUACAUUAUUGUUAAUAAAUUAAUUUUAGAUACUAACAGUAAAAAUUGUCUUUAGUUAUUACUUAUUAUAAACAUUGCAGUUAUUACCUAAGUCAACAACCUAGAUCAACAAUUUAAAAAGUUUCUCUUUUUUUUUUUCUAACACCGUGUAACUGUUAACUGCUAUUUAAAAAUUUAAACUUGUUUACAUAAAAAUACUGAAAAAAAAAAAAAAAAAAUCCUAGGAUAAUGGGAAUGGGUUAUAGUACUACUGUUAUAGGUAGGAAGUUGGAAAGGUAGAAUACAAAAGGGAAUUUAAUGUAUAUCUGUAAGCAACGAUAAACUAUUGUUAACGAAAGAAACAAUUCUCAAGUGGAACUCAGUUGAUUGUGAUGCUUUGUCAACAAUAUGUAUGACAUAGUAAAAUAAUUAAAUAGAUAUUAAAAAUUUUCUUUAAAAAUAUUUGUUUAAUAUUGAUCCGAUUUUCUUAUGUUUUUUCCCGGCUUUCAUAUUUGCUGGGAACUCUUGGGAAAAUUGAAAAAAUGACCUUAAAAUGUAGCUUCCCAGUCAGAUUUUUUUUCAGAAAAAAUGCUAUCAUUGUAAAUCUGAGCAAAAUUGCUGGUAGUAAAGUUGUCUACAAAAAUAAUAAAUAAACAUCUUUGUAAAACCAUUAGAAUAUUCACUCUAAGUAUAAAAAAAAUUAUUUUUAUUUUUGAAGUAAAAUAUUUUUUGUUCAAAUAUGAUUUUAGGCUUUAUAUGGUAUAGUAUCUUUGGACACUUUGGGGUUGAUUUUAAGAUGGAAAGUCUUGGACCAUGCAGCACAUUUAGGAGGAACAAUAUUCGGGUUGUAAGUAUUAUAGAUAAUUAAGAAACAAACGUUUAAUACCUCUCAGUACCUAUUAUCAUUUCACUGUACUUUACAUACAAUAUUUAUACUAUUUAAAAUACUAAACUCUUUUUAAUUUUUGAUUGAAAAACUACUAUUUUACUACCCAGUUUUAUAUUCGAAAUUUGAUUGUAAAAUCUUUUCAAUUUACCUUAUGUCAUAAACAAAUAUUAUACUGGAUAUAAUAUUUUCAAAUUAAGAAUUCAAUAAUAAGUGAUUGGUGAAGAGUAUAAAUAUUUCUCUUCAAUACAUUUUUUUUUUCUUUUACGUUUUUUUUAUUUAUCAUUCUCUUAUAUUUUAUUUAAUGAUUGUUAAAUUAUAUGUUUCUGUGGUAACAAAAAAAAAAAAACAUGAAUAUAAGUAAUUUAUCAAAAUAUCAAAAUUAAAUAUAAUUUAAACUUAUUACAUUUUUUAAAACACCUAUGGCUAUUAAUUUUUAUUUUAUUUAAUUACAAUAUAAUUUUUUAAUUUGAUAUUAAAUAUGGUUAUUGUUGUAUUUAUUUAUAUUAAUUUAUUUACAGGGUGAUAUCAAUUAUUAAAAAAAUAUAAAAAGCUUAGAAUAAGAUGAUAGUUGGGAGAAAGGAGAAUUAGGAGAUAGAUAACCUAGAAUGACUACAAAACGAGAAAAUGCAAUUUCAAAAUAUUAAUACUAAUUUUUUACUCCAUUGUGUACAUAAGACUUUGAAGUUCAAAUUACGUAUUGGCAAACUUAUUAUUUAUUUUUGGUUGAAUAUUGAAUUUUUUUAACAACCAUAAACAGAUUAAAUCAAAUAUUAAUAAGAAAAAUUUCUGAAGAUAGCAACUCUACCCUCUCCUAUAAGUAAGGCUUACAUUUAAAUGUACUUAAAAUCUACUAAAAAGCACUAAAAAAUGACAAAAAACAAAAUUGGUGAAGAUGGUUUUAAAAAUCCCCCCCCCUUUAAUAGUUUUAAUUUAUUAAAGAAAAUUUUCUGAUGCUGCAAAAAUAAUUAACACAAUUAAUUGUAUUAAUCAUUGUAGACAAUUAUAUUUAACUUAUUUUAGCUGUGAGAGAGGACUUUUAAAAUCCCUUUACCAUUAUUGGGUUUUAAUUUUUUUACAGCCUCUUUCUACUAUUUUUAAGCGGGUUUUUUUAAAUUUUAAAUACAUUUAAAUCCGUGACCUAUUCAUUAGUUGUUAACUAUUAUUUAAAAUAAAUGUUCCUAAUCAUUAAAAAAAAAAACCAUGCCUAUUUAUAAUUUUAGUAAAUUCCAUGAUAUUUUAACCUUUUUUUUUCCACAGGAUAUGGUACAAAUAUAUAUCAAUGUAUGUAUGGGGUAACCGUAAGUAUAUAGUAAACAAUUGGAUAAUGUUAAAACAAAUGUUUCAAACCAAAAGUCGAAGAUGGUAAUUUAAUUUUGUAAAAAAUAUAUUGUUGAUAAACAUAUUUUUAUAAAAACAUGUGUAACUUGUGUUAUUAAUAAAUUAAAUAUCAGUUUUGUGAUGAUC